AUGCCAGAUAUCACCUUUACCGAUAGGGAUUUUCACGCCCCGGACCCGGAGCAAGAUGAUCCUAUGGUUAUUACCGCCCGAAUAGCACAGUAUCAUGUGAGCAAAGUCCUGAUAGACCAGGGAAGUUCGGUCAACAUCCUAUAUUGGACAACUUUUCAGAAGAUGGAGCUGGUGGGGGAUGCGAUAACACCCUUUCAUGAACAAAUCGUUGGAUUCGCAGGUGAACGUGUAGACAUCCGGGGAUACCUCGACCUGAGGACCCGAUUGGGCACCGGUGACAGGGCCAAAGAACUUUGUGUACGCUUUCUGUUGGUGGAAGCAAACACCUCCUAUAAUGCCCUUUUAGGGCGUCCCUGUCUAAACGCUUUUGGGGCGAUCGUGUCGACUCCCCAUUUAGCAAUGAAGUUCCCGUCCGAAAGCGGGGCGAUAUGCACCGUUCGGGCAGAUCAGAAAAUCGCCCGGCAGUGUUACGCCGCUGCCUUGAAAGCCACCACUUACAAAAAGGAGAAGUGGCCUGAAGCUAUUCUGGUCGACCUAGAACCCCGGACCAACACAAACGAUCGAAUUCAACCCCAAGGAGAGAUUAAAUUGUUCGUCCUGGGAAAGAAUGCUGAGCAAACCACCAACAUAGGGGUCGAUCUCACUCUAGUCGAGGAGAGCGACCUAACCACACUACUGAGGUCCAAUAACGAGCGACCUAACCACACUGCUGAGGCCCGACCAACAGCUCAAAAGAAAAGAAGACUUGGCACCGAAAAAAGGGUGGUCGUACAAAAUGAAGUUGACAAAUUAGUGAAGGUUGGAUUCAUCCGGGAGAUAACCUACACCACUUGGUUGGCAAACGUCGUCAUGGUGAAAAAAGCGAACAGUCAAUGGCGAAUGUGUAUCGAUUUUACUGAUCUCAACAAAGCUUGUCCUAAGGACAAUUAUCCUCUUCCCAGCAUUGACUGA